AUGGUAGAAGUAAUCAUUAGAAACGGAUUUGUUAUGAGACUGAAUUUCGUAGUAUUACUAAUAUUUAUUGUAUUUCCUUCCGCUUAUGCAUCAUUACCACAGGCGGAAAAUGACCAGCUUAUUGAAACGUGUAAAGAAGGCUCCACCGGCGAGAAUAUUUUUUCAUGGGCUGAUUACCUAGUAUUAGCAACGAUGUUGAUAAUUUCCUGUGGUGUUGGAGUAUUUUACGGUUGCUUCAACAAGAGCAAAAACAGCGAUGACUUCCUACUGGGAGGAAGUACAAUGGGUACUUUUCCAAUGGCCAUGUCUUUAGCUGCGAGUUUCGUAACAGCUAUCGAGCUUCUGGGAAACCCGGCUGAAAUGUACACGCACGGAUCGCAAUUCUGGAUGAUCUGCAUAUCGUUCAUCCUAGUCGUACCGUUAACGUCAGCCUUUUUCCUGCCUGUAUUUUUGAAUUUGAGACUUACCAGUUCUUACGAGUACCUGUCUUUGAGAUUUACGCCUAGAAUUAGGUACCUAGCCAGCGGUUUGUAUAUAUUCCAGAUGAUUUUGUACACAAGUGUCGCAGUGUAUGCACCGGCAUUAGCACUCAGUAAAGUAACGAGCAUAAACGUGUAUUUAGCAGUAACAGCAGUGUACGUUGUUUGCAUAUUCUAUGCCUCUCAGGGAGGUAUGAAAGCAGUAAUUAUUGCAGACACAUUCCAAGCGGCUGUACUUAUCGGAUCACUAAUUUUAAUCGCCAUUAUAGGACAUGUGGCUGUCGGAGGUACUGGAGCUAUAUGGUCUCAAAAUUACAAUACCGAUCGAUUGGAAUUGUUCAAUUUCAAUCCCGACAUGACAGUGAGACAUAGUUUCUGGUCUGUGGUUGUAGGCGGGACCUUCUAUUGGAUGACAAUGUUUUGCUCCAAUCAAGCCUCAAUCCAGAAAUACAUGUCAGUAGAGAGUAUUGGUCAGGUUAAAAAAGCUAUUUGGACAUCUGCAGUUGGGCUUAUACUAAUAUACUCCGUUAAUUUCUACACCGGAAUGAUAAUGGUGGCACAUUACAAAAACUGCGAUCCUCUGACCAGCAAGCAAAUAUCGGCUUCUGACGAAAUCCUUCCGUUCUACAUCAUCAACGAAAUGGGCUACAUGAAGGGCAUGACCGGAUUUUUCGUUGCUGGAAUAUUUGCUGCUAGCUUAGGAACUGUUGCCUCAGCUUUGAACAGCUUAGCAGCUGUAACCAUUGAAGAUUUCAUCGAAGCAGCGAUGAAGAAGAAGAUACCGACGAAUAAAGGAGCGUUCAUUGCGAAGAUAUUAUCAGUCGUCUACGGAGCGUUGAGCUUUGCUUUAGUAUUCGUAAUAGCAAAUUGUGGCAGCGUUAUGCAAGUUGCUAUCAGUUUUAAUGGUAUGGUUGGAGGAGUAACGUUUGGAUUGUUUUCCUUAGGAAUGCUGUUUCCUUGGGCAAAUUGGAAGGGUGCAUUUUGUGGAAGUAUUGUGGCCACUGCAUUAAUAACAUUAAUGUGCAUAGGUCAGCAGGUGGAAAUUGCUAGUGGUAAUUUAGGUGAAACGAUGAAACCACUUAGUAUAGAGAAUUGCACGUGCAUUUCCGGGGAAUUAGAUCAAUCAGAAAAUGUAACGUUCAGGAACGAUUCCUUCGUUCUCUUUCGAGUUUCAUACAUUUGGUACUCGGCGAUCGGUACCAUCGUAACCAUCGUAUUGGGCCUCGUAAUCUCCAUUUUUACUGAAGCAACUAACGUGGCAGAUCUAGAUGAGAGGUACAUAUCUCCGCCGAUUUUGAAGCUGCUCUCUUGGCUGCCGGAAAAACUUAAGGACCGUUUAAAUGUGCCGUUAAAAUGCCGAAUAAUCAAGAACGACUUGUUCCAAAAACCAGUACUAGUGAAAAUUAUCGAGGAUGGCCAGGAAGUGACGCAAAACAAUUUCAACGAGCAGCUGAAAGAGAAAGUAAGGAAAUUGUCGGCGCCUUCCUGA